UUAAUCUUAAGGCCCGCCGCACAUGCCCACACUCGCACUCGUUCACUACACUGCGCCAAUGUCGCUUUGACAUUGGUGGGCACGUGUGUGUCCGCAAUUGCUUUCACGAGUCGUACAUCAGUCAGUGUCUCUACCAUUCGUAGACGACGAACGGAGCAAGAUGGACGCGAUUGAUAUAAGUUCAGAAUCCGACAGUGAUAACGAGUUUUUAAAUAGAUUAUUGUUAAUAAGGAAAUCAUCGGAAAAAAAAUAUGGAAGAGCUCUUACCUGUCCAAAAGGAAAACACAUGGAGAAUUCAAAUUAACUUCUGAGUUUUCAGACGAAAAAUUUAAAAAUUAUUUCAGAAUGACUAGGAACGAUUUUAAGGAAGUACAUGCGAUGAUUGCUACAGAUUUAGAAGAUCAAGGAUAUGGUGGCCAUGAACGAAUUAGUACUAAAGAAAAAUUUGCCGUUUUCUUAAGAUUUGUCGCAAGCGGUAACUCGUAUCUGAGCAUUGGCUAUAGUUACCGAAUGGGAGAAAGGACUAUCUCAAAUAUUAUAACCAAGGUAUCUUCAGCUAAUUGGAGGAACAUGCAACCUAUUUACUUGCCGAAACCUACACUGGAUAUAUUGGAAAAAAAUGCCGUCGAUUCAUAAAAUAUAUGGCAAAUGCCUAAUACUAUGGGCGCUAUCGAUGGAAAACACGUGACAAUUAAGAAACCUAUAAACAGUGGAUCCUCAUUUUUUAAUUAUAAGCAACAUCACUCUAUUGUACUGUUGGCGGUAGUGGGCGCAAAUUAUAAAUUUGUAUUUAUUGAUGUCGGUUCUAAAGGCAGAUUUCCGGAUGGAAAUAUAUUUGAUAAUUGAAUAUUAAAGAGAAAAAUGAUAAACAGACAGCUACAUCUGCCCGAGCCCAAGGGUCUACCUGGAAGAGAAGACAUAGUUGUGCCUUAUGUUAUUGUUGGUGACGCGGCAUUUCCUUUAAUGGAAAACCUUAUGAGACCUUUUCCUCAGAGACAAGUGAUAGACAAUUAUAGAAACAAAGUUUUUAAUUACAGACUCUCAAGAGCAAGACAAACGGUUGAAUGUGCAUUUGGCUUAUUGAGUUCCCGGUUCAGAAUAUUUUACGGCCAUUUGAAAUGAAAGUAGGAACAGUAGACAAAAUUGUUAUGGCGAGUUGUGUCUUGCAUAACUAUUUACGCACAAAAAGUAUAACUAGAAAUAUGGAUGAGGACCUGAACCUGGAAAAUGAAAAUUUACCAAAUUUUCAACAAUUACUGCCUUUGCCGCGAAUGAGAGGACGCGUUUCGAAAAGUGCAUUUGAAAUAAGAGACCAAUUUACGGAUUAUUUUAACUCCGUAGAAGGACGAGUGACUUGGCAAAACCACAGCGUGCAACGGGGCGCGUAUUGAUAUCGUUCGACAAUUAAUACAACAAUAGAACUUGUAAUUAUUUUGUAAAUGCACAUAUGAGUUUAUUAAAUAAAUGUUAGAAAUUCAUAUCU